GUCAGGUGCGCAGCUGCGUCGCGGAGUGAUGCAGCACUGUGCUGCGCUCGCCACGCUGCUGGGCGAGAGGAACCAGCGGGAUAUACUGUACGGCCGCACCCCAUCAAAGCCGCCAAUCCCCUUAGACGAGUACCCGACCCGCGACACCGAUCCACUUCGCCCCCCGGACUUCAUACUGUCGGGCUCCCACCGUCCGGCCGACACGCGCUGGCUGUCCAAGACCGCCACUAUGCCGUCAGAUUACAGCCUCCCGCAUAUCAUGCCCGACGCUGUGCCGGUGGGGUGUCGUAUACCCGAAACUGCGCCUUUAGGGUGCCGUGUUCGAGACUCCGUGCCUUUAAGUGGCAGUUUACCUGACGUAAUGCCGUUAGAUUGUCGUAUGUCGGAUGUAAUGCCGGUGGAAUGCCGCGCUAAGCCGUUGGGCUGCCGUAUCUCGGACGCAAAGCCGUCGGAUUGCGGCCUGCCGGGUAUCUUGCCGGCCGAAUGCGUGGCGGAUUUGCCGAUUGGACGCGGCCGCGGGCGACUGCGCAAGCCGGUCAUACGCAUAGGUAUGGGUCGCCCUUAUAGGUUGUAAUUUUUUUUCGUUUAGUUUUUCAGAGCACUUUUACCCGACUGCAUAUACAAAAUUAAUGUUAUUCAUUGACAAACUAUAAUCGACUUAAUUGUGAUGGAAAUAGAGUCUAAAAUCAGUUAAUAUAUGAACGGCUUAGCCAGUACAUACUUAAGAAAGUUGGAUAAAUUGAUUUUAGAUAUUAUUUCAAUAGGAACAAGGUAGAUAAUAGUUUAACAGUGAAAAAUGUAUUUUCUAAAAAGCGGUCAGCUAAAAGGGCUCCUUGUAUUAUUAAUUAAAAACUUUGGUAACCUUAAAAUAUCGGUCAUAUAUUCCUAAACACUACUUAGAAUUAAACCGCUAGGUAUAUUAAGUAUACCUUUCCAAUUUUUUCCUACAUUAACUUUUGUAUGAAGGUUUUUAAUACCCAAAGCUAAACCUAAGUUUGUAGGUACCUAUUCAUACUUUAUACAACUGUAUACCUAUAUGUAUUAUCAUAGACAAAUUGUCGUUAGCUUUAGGACCAAUAAGUCAUAAAAUAUAACUUUAUUACAUAAGCUUCGACUGUUAUGGAUCUCGAUACCAAAUUUUUUUUUUAUACAUAUUACAUUUAGUAUUUACGCGACGAUUUCCAUAGAAAACAAAACUAUACUUAUAUAACAAUAUUAUAUAGUCGUCAUGCAUUCGUCAGAAGACGCAACCAAUCGUCAAGGAUGCAUCAAUUGACGAAUACUUAUUUGCCUAAUAAAGACUGCUAGUAUAAAAACUUACUUGUGUUUAAAAAAGAGUGUAUUUUAGGUACUUUAUUAUAGUACCUUUUGUUUGUUGUACAAAAGACUACGUUUAGAUAAAUUAAGUGCCUGUAACUGUGUGCUAUUGUUAAAGUUUAGUGACGUGAGCUACAGUGUAGUCCGGUGGUGUUACUAUGUACUUUCAUUAAAGUUUAUUUUGUUCUG